UUACGAUAGGCUUAUGGCGGCACCGAAAUUGUGGGAACAGCUGCCAAGCCAUGGAUAAUGGUGAAGGAGAUCUCAUCGGAUGGCAACUGUCAGACAGUGGACGUGAUCUUCCCUCACUUUCCCGUCCAGUUAUACCUAAAUCCCGUGCUUUUGAAAUACCUUUUGGACCCAUUGCUCGACAACCAGGAGAGAGGCCUAUUCCCAUUGAAGUACUGUAUGCACGACUUGGGCUAUAACUAUCCCCGUUGUAUUGGACACAAGGAUGGCAAACAGGAGGACAUGGAGGUGGAGGAGAGCGCCAAUAUGGUGAUCAUGAUGGCCGCCUAUGUCAAGGCCUCCAAGGACUCGCAAUUUGCUGCACAACACUAUAAUAUCUCGAAACAAUGGACUCAGUAUUUGGUGGAUCACGGGUUGAUCACCGGCGACGCUCUAACCACUGAUGACUUUUUGGGGAAAAUCAAAAACUCGACAAACCUUUCGGCGAAAGCUAUCGUAGGCAUCGGAGCGAUGGCUCAGUUGGCGGCGGUGGUCGGCAAUCAUGACGACCAACAAAAGUAUAGACAAAUCGCUGAGAAAUAUGUGACGGAAUGGAUUCGUAUGGGAGAAGACCGCACUAAUAAACACAUGAAACUCAGCUAUAAUGACAACAACAACACCUGGUUUAUGAUCUAUAACCUCUAUGGGGACAUCCUAUUGGACACCAAAUUGGUGCCCGAAUCGAUAUACAGGCAACAGGACGAGUGGUACCUAUCGGUGAUGAACAAAUACGGCCUUCCCCUCGAGAGUGGUAAUCCUCAUACAAAGUUUGAUUGGCUUAUGUUUACGGCGGCCGCCUCUGCGAAUGCCAAACUCCGUCAGUCUAUGUUUGAUAGGACCGCCCAAUGGCUACGGGAAACCCCAUCGCGCGCCCCCUUUCAAGACUUUGCCGACACAGAGACCGGUGCUGUUUGGGGCGGGUUUGUGAACCGACCGGUCAUUGGGGGCGUAUUCGCGCCGUUGACUAUUAAACACUAA